AGAUAGGUGCUGAAAUGUGAAUCAGUUGGAAUUUCUGCGAUGAUUUGAGCAACUGCGUGUAUCAGUGGAGUUUUUUUUUCAUACAGAAAAGUAGGAUCUUUUCCUAUUAGAACAGAAUAGAAUGGAACAACCAACUGUAAUGGAAUACAAGAAGACCUCCUGCUACUUCUGUAGUGAAUGGCUCGAAAAUGGGAGUUUCAAGGAUCAUGUAAAAUCAUGCGGUCAAGUACUGGAAAAAUGUCCAAACAAUUGCCUCGGUUAUGUUCAGCGUAAGCACCUUGAAGCCCACUUAAAAGAAUGCCCAAAAGGGGGUACACGAAGAAUGGAUAAUGGAGCUACAAAUUAUGUUGCAAAUCAGACGUUAAAUGACGUUGAAAAUCGCAUGAUGGUACUGGAGCAGGACAUUCAAACUUUCCGUUCAGCCCUCAAUGAGGAGAUUAGGCAGCGUCUUCACUUAAUCACCGAUAUUGGUGCUUUAAAGCGCAGAAAUGAAGUAACUGAUGAGUGGGUGGCUAAAGUUAGUGACAUCCUGUCUGCGCUGAAAAAGUGCAUGAAUGAAGAGACUCAAAGUCGAUGCAUUGAUGUGGAAAAGUGCAGGGAGGACAUUAGUCGAUUAAUGUAUCAGUACCAAGAUAUGGAUGAGUGGCGAAUGGAGAUGGGUAUUCAUUUGGAUCGUGUUAAAAGUGAUGAGAUACAGGAUGACAACUGGCGUGGUCAUUUGGAGCUUUUGGAGGCACAUAAUGCGGAACAAUCGCGGAAAAUUGCCCUUUUGGAGGAUGAGAUUGAAGCUCUCAGACUUGAGGUGAAGGAUAAUCAAAUGGAGGUUCAGCAGGAGAAUUUUAUGACUAAUGAAAAAUUCGGAGCAAUUGAUUUAAUCCUCGAUGAUCAGCACAAGACAUUGGCUAAAGCACAAGAUGAGAUGAACAAAUCGUUGAGUUCACUAAAAACGGAUGCAGCUUCCAAAGAGGCCACAAUGGCGGCAUUAACAGCCAAACAAGCCAAUCUAGACUUCGAACUCAAGAAUAUGAAGCAUAUUGUUCACGAAACGGAGGAUAAAUGUGACAAAUUCGACAAAGUUUCAGCAGAAACGAAAGCCGUUUCAAAUCAGACGCGUCAAGAGAUGAAUGACUUAGAAGUUCAUCUUACGUAUCAGAAGAAACUCUUCGCCAUUCACAAUACCCGAGGGCAUCUUAUUUGGAAAAUUAAUGACUACGCAGCUAAACUUACUCAAGCCAAAGAGACACAAUCAGUUCCAAUACGAAGCCCUAUCUUCUCCAAUAAACAAUAUGGAUACACACUGAGGCUGGACGUGUUUCUCAAUGGAAUUGGAACGUGGAAGGGUCGUAAUAUAAUCGCGUGCCUAAGUAUUGUGCCCGGUGAAUAUGAUACGCUUCUACCGUGGCCAGUACGAAUUGAAGCAGAAAUUACAUUGCGUGAUCAGCCGGAAAAUCCAGCCGAUGUGAAAAACAUCACAAAGGUUCUCGUGGCAAAGCGAAAGAACGAUAAGUAUGAGACCAACCAAUAUAUUCAUAUACCCCACAAAAUGCUCACGACAUGCCAUUAUGUGAAAAACGAUGCUAUAUUUUUCGAGGUGCGUAUCCUAAAAUGCACUGUAGGUGAAAAUUCGUAAACAAAUAUAAGUUCAAUUAAUAUGUUUAUUUA